AUGGACAUGUCACCGGCUGCACGUCGGCGGCGCAGACGUCGCGUGCCUGACGAGAAUCGGAAACGGGCACCCCGAGCGUGUACGCGAUGCAAGGCGAGAAAGAGCCGCUGUAUCGAGAUUGAGCUGGGGGCAUGCCAGCGGUGCCGCCUCAAGUCGCUGCCAUGCAUAUUCGAACGGCAAGUGAGGAGUCCGUCCGCAACCAAUGUCUCGGCUCUUGUCGAAACCAGCAGCCCUGCAGCGUCAGGGACGACUGGCGAGGCACUAACGUUAGACAACGUCACAGACCCCUCUGAGCGAUUCAUGUGGCCUCGUUUUUUGUCAAAGCUUAGAGAGACCUUCUCGCUGGAUGCCACAGGCCAGACAGAUGCUACUGUAGCCCAGCCGGCUCGCCUGCCUCCUGCUCUCUCUCCGGCUGACCUGCGGCGUUUACGGAAGGCCGCGGACGCCUUCCCACCUCGUCCUGUCGCAGACUUCCUACUGUCUGUGUGCAUAGAGCACGGCACAGAUUCCUUCUACUACUUUGACCAGGUCCAGUUCCUGGCUGAGAUCGACGAGUUCUACACAGAUUCCAAUUCUCGCCUCAGGUAUGACACAAGCUUUAUAUGCCUGGCGUACGCCGCUUUCGCCCUCGGCAGUCAAUGGACUACACUGGCACGACCUGAUGGUCGCCAGCCGCCUCCUAUUCUGCAAGAGGACAACGACCCUGGUCGUAUAUUCUACAACCAGGCGCGAUCUCUCAUUCCCGAUGUCAUCGAUCUGCCAUGCCUCCGGGCAGUCCAGGCGACGUUCGUCUUGGGUGUCUAUCUCCUGCCGGCGAGCUCCAUCGGGUCGGCGUAUGUCUACCUCGGGCUCUCCCUGAGGAAGGCCCUGGCGAUGGACCUCCAUCUCAACGCAGACGAGGUUGGCGUCAUGGACGACGAGGAAAAGGAGGUUCGCAAGCGGAUAUGGUGGGCCGUCUACUCGCUCGAGAGGUCAACUACCAUCAAGUUAAACCGGCCACGCACGGUCAACCCUGCCAUUAUCACUGUUGGCCUCCCACAGCUGUACCCAGCACUUGACGACAAGCAGAAGUUCAACAAUAUCGAACAUCAGAUAGCGGAUGCGCGGCUGAUGCUCAUUCUUGAUCGAGUCUCCGAGCCAUCAGAGUGGACUGAUGCGCAGAGUGCACCAGGUCGAUUCGGCGACGAGCUUAAGCAGUGGAAGCGGUCAUUGCCCCCUAGUCUCAAACUGACCAACGUGCCACCUAAGUCGUCGAGCUACCGCGCCACCUUUCACUUGUACCUCAACUACUACUUUGCGUGGAUCGCUAUGGGCAAGGUGAGCGUCGUCACAGUGGUCCGCGCCCGCACCCUUUCGACACCGCCCCAUGUCGAAGAACACACGGAGAACAUGUCACGCUCGUGCGUCAAGGCAGCCAGGAAAAUGCUCGGCUUGUUCGAGGAGCUCACCCGGACCGGCAACCUGACGCGCUUCUCCUUCACCGACUUCCAGGGAUGCAGCAUUGCCACCAUUGUCAUCCUCCUCGCCGGCAUAAUUGAGCACGACGAUCCAAGCUUCGAGCGGCUGGCCACGUUCGGGCUCAACUGUCUGCGCAAGAUGGCGGAGGGUGGAAACGGGGCCGCGAAGACGGGCGUCGGGUUCGUCGAGGCACUGCAGAGCAUAACCAACGAGGCUUCCGAGAAGCUGAAGAACGUCGCUUCGAUUGCUGCACUGGCUCCUACACCCGCGCUGAGCCAGGAGCACUACAACGGGUGGGUCGAGUGGCUGCAAAGACAGCCGGCGUACCAGUUCUCUCCAGAUCAGAUGAUGACGCCGGCUGGAAGCAACAUGUUCACAACGGACCAACAAGCACAGUUUCCUAGUACAAGCCCAGAGGCCAUGAGGCAGUUCUCCAGAUGGGACGGCGCCGCGGCACUCCAACAGCUUUCAGCUCCUGCAGCAGCGCCGAUGACUCCUGGGGCAGAGACUCCGAUGAGCACUGUACACCAACAUGAACGCAUGUUUUCAACGCUCUAUGCGGAUGAGCAGGCGUUCUUGAUGGGUCUUACUGGAUGGGAUGUGCUCGGGGUGUCAGAGCUGUAUGAAUGA